CACUACAUACAGUAAACGAGCAGGUAUUGCUGUAACUAUUUCUCACCAAUGACCUUCUUUGUUUGUCAAAAGAGAAACUGCCCCCUAGUGGAAAUGUUCUUGCAGUCAAUGAAAUGAUUCACUUAUAAUUGGAAAGCCAGGUGAUGCAGGUAAGUCACUUGCAGACAGGAAGGUAUAAAAGACACCUGAGUAGCAGAGGCAGGACAUUCAUGCAUACACUGGAGCAGCGGGAGAUCAUUUACCCUACCAGAUCAACCUCACCUGGAAACUUAUCCACAAACUACCAGGGGACUUGAAUCUCAGAAGACAAGCAGAGACGACUUAUGAAUAAAAAGAGCUGAGACCAAACACAUCCUCUGAGGAGGACAGACAUCAGGGAUAGAAAUCAAGAAACAGAACAUGCUUUUCUCCUGCUAAACUGCACUCUGUACAGGCUUUUUCACUGGUGCCCAUCACUCGUAAUACCUGAGCGCCUCCCAGGGUAAUAUAUUGGCAUAGCAAAGUCCCUAGUUGACUUGAUGGAGUCUUCUGCUCUUCUCCUCCCUUCCCAGAUUAUGGGAAGCGGCACUUGGGAGUCGGUCAUGUCGUGCUUUCCCCAAAUGCGGCGCACCGAGAUGCCAGAUUCCCCCACCAGCCCUGUUCCUGCCGCUCCGGAUGAAAUCCCCAUUCCUAUUAGCCCCAUCAUAGUCACCUCCCCCACUGGCAGCAGGAAGCUCAGCUCCCCGACGUCCAGUCUCCCCUCCCCCAAACCUACCUCCCCCAUCGAGUGCUCUAUCUGCUUCAACACCUAUGAUAACAGCUUCAAGACACCCAAGCUGCUCCAGUGCUCGCACGUCUUCUGUCUGGAAUGUGUGGCCCGCUUGACCUCUGCGCUGCCCCAGCCCCGUGUCGAGGAUCAGCUGCCCUGCCCCCUCUGCAGACAGCUCACGGAGAUCCCCCUUGAGGGCCCUCCAGCUCUCCAGACCAGCCAGGAGCUCCUGUCCACCCUGCCCCCCGAAUACCAACGGGAGAAGGUGGUGUGGAUGGAGGGCAGCAAGUUGUGCUGCAGGCAGUCAUCCCAAGACCCAGAAGAUCCCGACACAUGUAUCUGCCUCGACGUUGCCCUGAGCAAGCCCAAUCCCCCCAUGACGCCAACAGAGGGCAUGGCUGGGAGGCUGUCGCGCUGUGCCAUGUGCGACGACUGGAAACGCAUCCUCCUCCUCUCGGCCCUGGUCAUCAUUCUGCUGUGCAUCAUUCUGUGGCCUGUGCAGUGUGCCCUGAAAACUGGGAACCUCCGCUGCUUCACAAGGACGGUUACAUUCACCAGACCAAACCCUGUUUCGUUUACACAUACAACCCCACCAGCGCCCGGGACCAGCCCACCCUCUGGCUAGCAAGAGCUGGCACUAAAAGGCUGCCCCUGCCGAGGAGCUCUGUCAGAGCACCUCCACCACACUGAGCUAGGUCAAGCUGCUGCCUACUGGAUUUCGCUAACUUACCUCUCUGCCAAGCUGUAGCAGCCCGUUCUCGGCCUAUGCACUUUGAACGUCACCUGAACAUCCACUGUUAAUCCAGCCCCUCGCUUUCACACAACUGUGCCAAUGCGGUGAGGAGGGGGCUUGUGCAUAGCCGUAUAUUAAGCCACUACUUCCCCUAAAUCUCUAGGGAUCCUAAAUGCUACAUCGCUAACGGCGCCUUGAACACUUGCACAAGGGCAUGUUUCUAGGACUGCUGCUUCCCAGGAAGGGUGCAUGUGCCUCAAAGUGAGGGGCUGGUGCUAUAAAGACACAGCUCUGACAGGGCUUGGCCCUUUUGACUCACCGAUAGAAAGGAAGUGCUAAUGGAAGGGUUAUUUUCUUGGAAACCGACAACACUGUGAAAAGAGUCUAGAUGUGAUUAUUUCUAAGGGAGAGAAAUCCAUCAGCCCUUGGAAAGAAGCAUGCGAAAGCUGUGUGUGUCUAUAUAAAGUGACAAUAUUUAAUUUUAUACAAUGUGCUUUAUUAAACAUUUCAACUGUAUGUUUGUUCGUGUUAAACACCCCCAGCAAUAGUUUACCUGCCUCUGCUUGGUAUUUGGGUCAAGUACUACGCUUCUACCUCAAUAUAACACUGUCCUCGGGAGCCAAAAAAUCUUACCGCGUUCUAGGUGAAACUGCGUUAUAUCAAA